AUGGCUCGUGGUGACUCUUCUGCUCCCCGCAGGAGUCGGCGAGGUGCUGAGACCGACAAAGAUCCUCUACUCAAACAGCCAUCCGCCGACGAAGAAGAUCAGGAAGUAUUAGAAGACGACGUCACUCGCUGCAUCUGUGGCCAUGCCGACUAUCCAGGACCCAGUGUGAGCAUUAAAGACCAAUUCGGCCCAGCAGCGCUUACAGAAGAUAUGGGUAACUUCUUCGUGCAGUGUGACAAUUGUCAUGUUUGGCAGCACGGUGGCUGUCUGGGUAUCCACGAUGAGUCUAUCAUACCAGAUGAAUAUUACUGCGAAAGAUGCAAACCAGACUUCCACAAGGUCAUGAAAGCUUCGAAUCUCAACGCAAAAUCUUCACGCUACCUGCCAGUCCUCGAAGGCUCAAUCCGUUCCACACCUCUCUCCGCAGCCGACCAGGCCCGAAUGAAAGAACUCAAGAAUAAGGCACUACAGAACACCAAAAGGAGAGCGACCAUGAAUAGUCGAGGUGCUUAUGACGAAGACGAAAUGCUAAGACAGGCCAUCGAACAAAGUAAAGUGGAAGGCACGUUAGGCAAGAGAAGUCGAGACGAAAGCGAAGAUCAACGACCUGCCAAUAAGAGACAGAGAACCGGCUCAAGUAUUUCCGAGGUCUCAUCUAAAAAGAGCCAAAGUCCUGAGCUAGAAAAGAUGGCUACAGGAAAGAACAGCUCCAAAUUGCGCGGAGCUGCCGCCAGGAACAACAGGGAGAAGGAGAUCCGAGAAAAGAUGAAGCAAGAGACUGCCGCACAAAGGGCUGAAGCUGCUAGCAAACGGAAUGCUAGAUCUGAACGGCGCAGGGUGGAUGACUCUCCCCCACCCACUCCUACUCUGUCUCCCUCCAAAAUGGCCGAACCUAGAGCUACCAAAAUCAAAGCGGACACUCCCCAGCCAGGGAAGUCAAAGGGCAAAGGGGGCGCACGUCCAGGUGUGCGUGGUAAAAGAGUGGGUAGGAAUCAGUAUACGAGAGAUCUAUACGAUCCAAGCGAUACCCCCAAUCGAUCGAACUCGAACGACAGAAUUGGACACAACUCUCCUUAUGGUGCACAUGAAGGCAAUCGCUCAAGAGCCAAAGUGCACCCUUCACGAACUUCUCUCAAUGAGAUGAAGAAGCGUGUAGCUGCAAUACUUGAGUUUGUAAGCCAGAUGCAGACCCAACAUAACAAGUCGAACGGCUCAAACCCGACCUCUCAUAGUGGUAGUGAUUCUCGUUCGAGCAACAGUGCAAAGGGUGACAGCACGCCCAAAACCAACGGUCAUGCUACAGGUAUGCCAGCCAGCAAAUUGAUUGAGGCUAUCACUGCGGGCCUCCAGGACCCUGAUGAAGCAUGCAAGGUCAAACUCAUCCCGGAUAUGGACUUCGCUAAAUUGGCAAGCGGACAAAUGAUGGAAACGUUGAUGGGUGAACUUGUUGGUUGGCAGAGUCAUUAUGGUGUCUACUCACGCUAG